CAGUGGAGAAGCGCAAGUGAGCCCAGCGCGCAGUCUCUCUGCCUAUCUACUGGCAUUUGCUGAAACCCAGCACUCAGUACAGUGUAAACGAGCGAGGGAGAAGAGAAAGCGAGCGCUGAGUGAGUGCGUGAGUGAGUGAGUGAGAGAGUGAGAGAGAGAGAGAGCGAACGAGGGGGGAGAAGGAAGGAGAGGCCACAUAGAUACAACAACUGCAAGAAAAAGUGUCUACAACCGUACUAAACAUCGGCAAAUAAACACAGACCAUGGCUUCGGAGGAGCUGUACGAGCUGCGACCCAGGCAUGGUGAAAAUACUCAUCAGCAUCAUUGGCAUAGGGUAGAGAGUAUUGUGGACAAGCGGAAAAAUAAAAAAGGAAAAACAGAGUACUUAGUGCAUUGGAAAGGCUACAACGGUGAUGAUGACACAUGGGAACCCGAACAGCACCUCGUGAAUUGUGUCGAGUACAUUCACGAGUUUAACAGACUGCUGACUGAAAAGCAAAAAGUCACAACUUUAAUACGAUCCACCCGUAACUCUCCCAAUAACGCCAGGAAACAGAUCUGUCGGCCUUCCAACAGCUCAAUGUCAAAGACAUCUCCAAAAUCGUCAGGGACGAGUAAAGAGGGUGAACCAAAAAACAAUACCCAGCUACUAGCCAGCAACCACAAGUACCGCCGAACCACUGCACAGGCUGUUGCCGGCAGGAAAAGCAUGGACCUUGCCAAAUCUGGAAUCAAAAUUCUGGUUCCAAAAAACCCUAUGAAAAGCAGGACCAUGCUAGAGGGGUUUCAGGGUGACAGGACAGAUGACCUUGACCAGAUGGAGCAGGAUCAGGACUCUGUACCGCCGGAAGUGUCUAAUGAAAAGCCGGUGGGUGCUCUGCUGGGACCAGGUGCAGAAAGAGCACGAAUGGGGACCAGACCAAGGACACAACCUUUAGUGCCACAAGUGCAGUUGCCAGUGACCGCAGCUACUGCAUCCGCACUAACUGUUAAUGGGAAAGGUGCCUCUACCUUUAUGGAAGCCUUGGCGGCCAACGGAACAGCUAGCAUCCAGACUUCAGUAACUGGAGUAACGGCUGGAAAACGAAGAUUUGAGGAAAGGCAGGCUUUUGACAAGAGGUUGCGGUUUAGUGUCCGGCAAACUGAAAGUGCUUACCGGUACAGAGACAUUGUUGUCAAGAAACAGGAUGGGUUCACACAUAUUUUACUGUCCACAAAGUCUUCAGAAAACAAUUCAUUAAAUCCAGAAGUAAUGAAGGAAGUCCAGAGUGCACUGAACACUGCAGCUGCUGACGACAGUAAACUAGUUUUGCUGAGUGCUGUAGGGAGUGUCUUUUGCUGUGGUCUUGAUUUUAUUUAUUUUAUUCGGAGAUUAACAGAUGACCGAAAGAGGGAAAGCAUUAAAAUGGCUGAAGCUGUCAACAACUUUGUGAAUACUUUUGUUCAGUUUAAGAAACCUAUUAUAGUGGCUGUGAACGGUCCUGCAGUUGGACUUGGAGCAUCGAUAUUGCCUUUAUGUGAUGUGGUUUGGGCAAAUGAGAAGGCCUGGUUUCAAACACCAUAUACUACGUUUGGGCAGACUCCAGAUGGCUGUUCAUCUCUCACAUUCCCUAGGAUAAUGGGGGUGGCUUCUGCUAAUGAAAUGCUCUUAAGUGGAAGGAAGCUAACGGCACAGGAGGCAUGUGCUAAAGGACUGGUUUCCCAAGUGUUUUGGCCUGGAACGUUUACUCAGGAGGUGAUGGUGCGCAUUAGGGAGCUAGUCGCAUGUAAUUCAGUUGUACUCCGAGAAUCCAAAUCUCUUGUACGAAAUGCUAUGAAGGGAGCCUUGGAGCAGGCUAAUGAAAAGGAGUGUGAAGUUUUAAAAAGAGUCUGGGGCUCUGCCCAGGGAAUGGACUCCAUAUUGAAAUACCUGCAGAAAAAGAUAGACGAGUUUUAAGUGACACAGUGGAACUGGAGGUACCUUAGUUACCAGAUUCCCUAAUUAUUUUUAGUCAUAUGAAAACUGAACCCGGCUGUUUUGCAAGCUUCAGAAUUGAGUACUGCAAGAACAGAACUGAAACACACCAUCUCGGCUACUUUCGAGGGAAAAGGGGAUGCAUAAAAGGAUGUGUGUUUUCUAUAAGAUGGAGUAAUAUAUAUAUUUUUGAUAUUGGGAUGAACAAGCCUUACACAAACACACACAAAACAAAAAAGAAAUGAAAGAAAAUGGAUAACGGCCAGUCCUCCUCCACACUGCCCAAAGAUUGGCUAGGGGGUUAGCACCUAGCCUUUGUCUUGGAAGAGGUGUAGAACUGUAUUAUCUAACAAACCAUGGUGAAAUUAACCAGCAGAUCACCAUGUCUGAUAACUGUUUGCUAAAUUUGCCCUUUGAACAGUUUAGCUCUGUGUAGAUGUGUACACACAGGAGUUGUCACACUAGAUGCUUGAUCUUCUUUUGGAAUCUUUGAUACCAGUUCUUAUCCAUUAAGCAUGAAGAAACCACUGGCUGUUAAUGUAAAGCCUCUUCUGUACUGCAAUGUUAGAUACAUUAUUUAAGUUCAAUAUAGUUUUAGCAUUUAAAAUUUGUUGUUUUUUUUCUUGUUUUCUUUCUAAUUGUAUCUAUCACAUUUGUAACUGCUGGAUGAGAGGAAUUUCCAUAAAAAAUGUUUUUUUAUAAACAGGUUGGAUGAUAUAUUACACCAAAUACCCUGUUUGUUAAAAACUGUAAGAUGUUUAGUUUCAUUUAGAAUUAUAAAUAUUUUAAUUUAAUAAGUUACAAAAAGUUGCCACACUAUUCCUUCCAAAAAAGAAAAAAAAAACUACCUUAUUCUUGAUGUUUUUUUGUCUAAACUGUUUUUUUAAAAUUUUUAUUUUAUUUUAUAGCACUCUUUGUAUCGUGUUCAGACCCCACCCUCACCCUUAUGUAAAUAGACUUAUUUUUGCAUUCCUGUCAGGAGUGGGUACUAACCGCAGGUAUUAAACGCUGCCCAAGUAUCUUAAUUUGUUUAUCUUGCUGAAUGUAAGAGUAAAAAAUAAAAUCAAACCUUAUUUUUGUACAGUUUAGAAGUUUGUAAUGAACUGAGCACCUCCCCUCUCCGGUGGAGAGCUGUACAGUCUGUCAAUCCGCCUUUACUCUGAAUUCUUGGUACAGUAUUUUUGCAUCUGUGGGACCUAUUUUUUGUUGAGUAGUUUGAACUUUAUAUAAACUGUACAAUCUGUAAAGUUUUUAUAGAUUAAUAAGUAUUCAG